UGUAAGUAUACAGGACAAUGUAAUUUUGCUAAUAUAUAAUAAUGCUAUGUUAAUACAAAAACAUCAUAGUGUUGCAUGAGAAAUGUAUGGAAUUCAAGUCAAUUUAAGAAAGCAAACUUCGCUUCUAAAUUUUCACAACUAUUUGUAUUCUUAGAAUAAUGGGUGUUGGCCUCAAACCAUUAGAGUUUACGGAUUGCUUAACCGAUAGCCCCUAUUUUCGAGAAAAUCUUCAUUAUCAUGAGCGUGAAUUGGACAAGACCAGCCAACAAAUUAAACGCCUCAUCAAGGUGGUCAAAGAUCUUUUAGAAGCUGCCAAGAAUUUAUCCAAAGCGCAAAGAGCAUUUUCCAAAACAUUGCAGAAUUUUAGUUUUGAAUGUAUUGGAGAAACUCAAACUGAAGACGAAACUCACAUAUCACAAAGCCUUAAGGAAUUUGGUAAACUUAUUGCAUCAAUAGAGGAUGAAAGGGAUCGCAUGGAAGGAAGGAAAAAAUUUGAGAAACAGACUAUAAAAUUCUGUCAAAGUCAAGAACGCUACUUGAAUUUAUCUACGAAAAAACAAGACAAUGUUCUUCAAGAAGCUGAUGCGACAUUGGAAAUGGCUGAGAGACAUUUUUGUCAAGCUAGUUUAGAAUAUGUGUUUUUACUUCAAGAAGUACAAGAACGUAAAAAAUUUGAAUUUGUGGAAACUUUACUAGGUUUUAUGUUUGGUUGGUUAACUUUCUAUCAUCAAGGACAUGAAGUUGCAGAAGAUUUUAAACCUUAUAUGACCGAAUUGCAGUUAAAAAUACAGAAGAAUUAUCCUAUAGUAGGUGCAUCAACUAAAUCUGAAGAAACUGUUUUAGAUGAAACAGGUUUUAUAUUCGUAUCAAAAUGCAUUACAACACUUGAAGAUAGAGGCCUUGAGGAACAGGGUCUAUAUAGAGUCGUUGGUGUUGCUUCCAAAGUAAAUAAACUUUUAGCCAUGGGAUUAGAUAGGAGGAAAUUAGAAAAGCUUAAUCUUGAUGAUCGCUUUGAAUGGGAAAGUAAAACUAUUACUAGUGCACUCAAAACAUAUUUAAGGACACUAUCUGAACCACUAAUGACCUUCCGAUAUUAUAAUAGUUUCAUUUCAGCUGCGAAACAAGAAAUCAAAGAAGCACGUAUAAAUGAUAUUCAUAAUCUUGUUUAUCGGCUUCCGAAAGCAAACUUCAAUAUGCUAGUUCUUCUUAUAAAACAUUUGUACAGUGUGGCGAAAAAAAGUGAUAAAAAUUUAAUGACUAUUGGUAAUUUAGCUGUAUGUUUUGGUCCAUCUUUACUGCGACCAGAAGAAGAAACAGUAGCUUCUAUAAUGGAUAUUAAAUUUUAUAAUAUCGUAGUUGAAAUUUUAAUUGAAAAUUGUGAGAGAAUAAUUGCUGGUCCACCACAAGAUACUGUACGCUCAAUACAAAAUACUGCUGCCUCUAGAUCGCAACGCGUUAAUGUAGAAGAUGGAUCAACAUCUUCUGGUAAUGGUACUCCUUUUCUAAGGUAUCCAGUACAUAGUAAUAUAUCUUCACCACAUGGACAUCUUGGUGUGAGAUCAUACUAUGAUAGCCCACUAGCAAUUGUUGCUAAAGCAUCUUCUAUAGACGAACGAAAAAAUGGGGACUAUGAAGAAACAGAACAUGCGAGUCACAGAAUGCCAACAUAUUUAGAUAGUCGAAGUGGACGUGUUAAAUUAACUAAUGCAAAUCUUAUGUAUCAUUCCGCAGAUAAAGUAUUAACCAGUGGCAAUACGAGUAGCUCGAGCGAAUCAAUUGCUUCGGAUCCACACUCAUUUUCAUCUGAUUUGCCAGUAAAACAAAAACGUGGUUCCAUAAUGUCUGUACAUUAUCCAUCGAGUUAUGCUCAACGAAUAAAGGCCUCUUUGGAACCAGGAUGGUUGGAAGGUACAUUAAAUGGUAAAACAGGAUUGGUCCCAAAGAAUUAUGUUGAACAAUUGCCUUGAAUUUGGAAAAACCAAAGAGUGCCUAUAUUGUUUUUACAUUCCAUAAUUCGUAGGGUAUGUUUAGUACUAUUGCCUACUAAAGCAUAUGUUCGCGAAAACAGGAAUGACACUUGUGAAAUACAAUGUUUUCUAUUUAAAUUCCUUUGGGUACAAUUUACAUAGUCAAUUACACACACGCGCGCACGCGCACAUACAUUUACAUCACACAUACAAACAUCUUUUAUUUAUUAGGAGCCUUUUUGCUCAAAGACGUCUAUAGUGUAUAUAAUCACUUGUAGAAAAAUUUAUAUAUAUCUACAUAUAUAGUGCUAAUAUAUUAUAUGAUAUUUAAAUAUAUUUGUACUAAAAGAUAUUAAUCCAAUAUAUAGCUUUUAGGAGAUCUCAUAGGCAAUAAUAUUUGUUCAUAGUGCGGUAAUCUCCACGCGUAAGUGCACAUACGUGUACACACAUAUGAUAUCAAAAUGUGAUAAAAUAAAUAAAUACCAAAUAUAAUCAGAAUUUUUAAUAAAAAUUUUAAUAGUAUAAAGACUAUAUUAAUUUAUAAUUAAUAUAUCUAAAAAAAAAUGAACAUAUUUAUAAUUACAUUUACAAUAACAAUUUUAUUAAUGUUGUAAUAUUAAUAUUAUAAUGAAUUUUAAAAAUAUUUAUUGAAUAAUUGAA